AUGCAAACGUUCACCAAGAAUCGGAGUGCUUCCAGAAGUCCAAGGGAAUUAAAUGAACAAAUUAUGAGCCACAGCGAAUAUGAUGAGAAUAAGCAAAGGGUAUCAGAAGCAACAUCUGCAGAUCGCUUUUAUGAGCCUAAGCUUUCAUCCUACCCCAAUGUGUCUAUAGAAGAAUCAGAUGAAAAUGAGGAAUUCUACACACCAGGAUCCGAGAAUUUAUACCAUUGUCGCAUGAGAAUUGCCAAGUGGUCAUUAAAACAGACUUCAAGGAUGCACAAAGGCUUUAGACUGUUUGUAAAAAACAAUAGUUUGAAUGAGAUUUUAAUGGAGAAACGCAGGGUUAAUGCACUGUAUUCCACAUUUUGUUUAAAUAAUUCCCAGUCUCUAACAGGUCGAUGUAUCUCUAUUGUAAGAGUAUCACCGGAUGACCAAGCAGUCGCUGCAGGUUCUUGGGAUGGUAAUACGUACAUCUUGAAUUCUCAAGACCUAAGCCUGCGAAGAGUUUUAUAUGGAAACAAUAGCAAAAUAGGUGGCAUUGAUUGGUACUAUGACAGCAGGAUCAUAGCGACUAGCCAAAGCGAUGGUACUAUCAACCUAUUUCAGUACAACACAGACACAGAUACUAAAAAUACUGAGACCAAUAACUCCAGAGAUUCGAAACUACAGGGCCACAACGACCGUGUUGCAAGACUCUCUUUCCAUCCUAUGGGUCGUUACUUAGCGAGUGCUUCAUUCGAUUCAACAUGGCGGUACUGGGAUGUAGAAACACAGCAACAAUUACUUCUUCAAGAAGGCCACACAAAACCAGUGUUCACAGUAGAGCACCAACCAAAUGGAUCUUUGAUAUCAUCGGCAGGGCUAGACGGUAUUGUUAAAAUAUGGGAUUUGAGGUUGGGAAAGUGUAUUUCGAACCUAGAGGGUCACAUGGGGUCUAUUUACGGUUCAUCUUGGAGGUACAAUGGAUAUGAAUUAGCCACAGCCUCGAGUGAUGGCAGCAUUAAAAUCUGGGAUAUGCGAAUGCAAAAAGAAAAAGUAUCCAUUCCUGCUCACUCCAAACUUAUUUCAGAUGUCAGGUUGCUAGAUAAUGUAAUGAUUAGUUCCAGUUACGAUAAUACUAUCAAUAUAUUCAGCAGUGAUAACUGGGUCAAGAUUAAAACUAUCAAGGGCCAUACAGACAAGGUGAUGAGUUGUGACAUCACGAAAAGUGGCCAGUCAAUUUUCAGCUCAGGAUGGGAUAGAACAAUUAAGCUGUAUAAAUCAGCAAAAGAGUACUAA